UUCGUAUAAAAACGCUGAUCGACCGGACUGAUGGCACACUCGAUCCAAAACUACCACGAGAAACAAUGAAGUGCUUCGCGAUUCUGCUGUUGGCAACCGCCGUGUUGGCGGCCGAGAAGUCGGGAAACUCGAAGAAUCACGACAAACGGAGUGUGGCGGGGGAUCACGGUUACGGUCUAAGCGGUAUCACGAGCUACGGUUUAGGCGGUAUCUCGGGUUACGGUUUAGGCGGUGUUUCGGGUUAUGGCUUAGGCGGUAUCUCGGGUUACGGUUUAGGCGGUAUCUCGAACUACGGUCUAGGAUAUGGUUUGGGAGGAUACUCGACUGGACUCGGCACGAAGGUACUCGGAUCGGGACUCUCAGGAAUCACCACGGGUAACAACCUCGCUUCCGCCUAUGCUUCUGGACUAGGAUAUGGACUAGGAGGUUCUUACGGAGGAUACUACGGAGGUUACAAUAGCCCGUACCUCAUCGGUGCUGGUCACGCUACCGGAUUCAAUGCAUUACCCAGCUUGGCUCAUGCUAAAACUGAGCGCAUCACCGGUCUUACUGUGCACCGCGAAGUCCAAGUACCAGUUCCGGUGCCGCAUCCAGUUCCAGUCGAAGUAACCAAACACGUACCCGUCGCACACCCCGUACCUUACAAAGUAGACCGUCCCUACCCCGUUCCAGUAGCGCAACCAGUACCUGUCCCUGUCACUCGGCAUGUACCCGUAAAGGUUGACCGUCCCUACCCCGUUCCGGUAGCGCGAACCGUCGAAGUACGCGUACCACAACCGGUGCCGGUUCCAGUAUCGCAGCCGGUGCCCGUUCCAGUCUCUGUCACAAAACACGUGCCGGUUUCCGUACCAUCUACCUUCGCAGUCGCACCAUCUACCUUCGCAGUCGCACCAUCUACCUUCGCAGUCGCACCAUCUAGCUUCGCAGUCGCACCAUCGACUAUUGGCUUCGCGUCUGGAAUUGCGCCCACUGAAUUCGUCGGUCUAGGAUCCGGCAGUCUGGGAGCCAUUUCGGGUACAACUCUGGGUAGCGGACUGACUACCGGUCAUCUCGCCAGUGCCAGUGGCUUGGACAGCGGCAUCGUCUCAAGCGGUUACACCAGCGGUCUCGUUAGUGGUGCGGAACAUAUUGGACUCAGCAGCGGCGUGGAGCAUGUUGGACUCAACAGCGUACACCCAACUGGGUACACCAGCAUAGUACACCCAACUGGGUACACCGGCACAUUGGGAUCGACCGGCACAUUUGUGGCAUCUCACGAUGCUCUCAAUGGCGAAUAUCCAUUGAAGAAGUGGUAAACUCAACUCAACAACUCGAUUGGACGUGUGUCUUUUAAAGCGCUUCUCGGGCGUAAUUUACGGAUCGAACGUGCACAAAUACCAAUUGUGUUAUGUACGUUGUCGAAUAAAUUUAUUUUUAUACACAUUA